AAGAAUUUGAAUUUGUUUUGUUUGUCAAGUUGUAACGGUCGUCGGUCACAGUUUAGAGUUGAAAACUAGGUAAUUUUUAGUUUUUAUCUUUGUUAAAGAACGUGCUAUAGCUUAAAAUAAUGUCGGAAACUGAGAUUAAAGAAGUAAAAGAACUUGAAAAUAGAAUAAUUAAUCACGAAGCUUAUGGAAAACCAUACAAAUGGUCACCUAGAGACUUUGAACUGGGUUCAGCACUUGGACAAGGAAAAUUUGGACACGUUCAUGUAGCACGCGAAAAGAAAACGGGCUUAUUAGUCGCUAUUAAAGCUUUGUUUAAAUCACAAAUCAUGCAAUCAAAAUGUGAAAGACAAGUUAUGCGAGAGAUAGAGAUUCAAUCACACUUAAAGCAUCCAAAUAUUCUACGAUUACUGACAUGGUUCCAUGAUGAAAGACGUAUUUAUUUAGUGAUUGAGUUUGCGGCAGGUGGUGAACUUUAUAAACAUCUUACAAAUUCACCCAAAGGAAGAUUCCCGGAGCAUAAGGCUGCUCGUUAUAUUUAUCAGGUAGCAGAUGCUGUGGAAUAUUGUCAUCAGCAUCAUGUUAUCCACAGAGAUAUUAAACCUGAGAAUAUUCUGGUUUCCUUCAAUGGUGACCUUAAAUUAGCUGAUUUUGGCUGGUCUGUCCAUGCCCCCUCAGAAAAGAGAAAGACUAUGUGCGGUACACUUGACUAUUUGCCACCAGAAAUGAUAAAACAUGAAGUUUAUGAUGUUUCCGUAGACCACUGGUGCAUUGGUGUUUUAUUGUAUGAGUUCCUGGUAGGAAAGCCUCCAUUUGAGAGUGAAGGACAGGACAAAACAUAUGCUCGGAUAUUAGCUUUAGAUAUGACUUACCCUUCUUAUGUACCAGAGGGAGCAAAGGAUCUUAUUUCAAAGUUACUACGUCAUUCAAGUAAGGAGAGACUGUCACUGGACUCUGUAAAAAAACAUGAUUGGGUACAGCAAUUUCAAAAUACGGUUUCAAAAUAAUUCAUAAGUAUUUUAAUUUUUAAAUAUCAUAAAAUUAUCAGUAUCAAUUAAUUAAAAAUUUUGAAAAUUAUAUUUUGAUCAUGAAUUUCUGCAUAUUAAUAAAAACACAAUUAUGUUAACU